GGUAAGUUGAAUUGGAGACUCGAAGUUGGGGGUGGCGAAAGAACAAGCUGUCAAGAGAAGGUAACGCUGUGUUUAAGGGACAAACAACCUAUAGGGAAAAGGCUAUUYGAUUAAUCACGGUGGCCGACGUUGGAAAUGGAUGGAAUGUAUGGAUGGGAACAGGCCCCUUUGAACCAAGGUAAUCCCUUCAUUGAGAUCAUUGAACAGCCCAAGCAGAGGGGCAUGAGGUUCAGGUACAAGUGUGAGGGGCGCUCUGCGGGAAGCACCCCGGGAGAGAAGAGCAAUGACACCACCAAGACACACCCUGCCAUUAAGGUCCACAACUACAAUGGCCCCCUGCGUGUCCGCGUCUCCUUGGUGACCAAGAACCCACCUCACAAGCCCCACCCGCACGAACUAGUGGGGAAAGACUGCAAACAUGGCUACUAUGAGGCAGACCUGCAGGAGAGACGAGUACACAGUUUUCAGAACCUGGGCAUUCAGUGUGUGAAGAAAAAGGAUGUGGCCGAGGCAGUUUCCUGUAGGCUGCAGACCAAAAACAACCCCUUCAACAUUCCUGAGGCGAACAUGUGGGAGGAGUUUGACCUAAAUGCAGUGAGGCUGUGUUUCCAGGCCUCGAUCACUCUGCCUACCGGGGAACUCUGCCCUCUGGAGCCCGUGGUGUCUCAGCCCAUCUACGACAACAGAGCACCCAACACAGCAGAACUGAAGAUCUGUCGAGUGAACCGAAACUCUGGAAGCUGCAUGGGGGGGGAUGAGAUCUACUUACUCUGUGACAAAGUGCAAAAAGAGGACAUUGAGGUGCGGUUCUUCCAGGACUCGUGGGAGGGGAAGGGCAUCUUCUCCCAGGCGGACGUCCACAGGCAGGUGGCCAUUGUGUUCAACACCCCGCCCUACUGCGACACCAACCUGACCGAGCCAAUCCGAGUGAAGAUGCAGCUCCGCAGGCCCUCGGACCGUGAGGUCAGCGAGCCAAUGGACUUCCAGUUCCUGCCCUCCGACCCAGAUGAAUAUGGACUGAUGGAGAAGAGAAAACGGACAGAGGGAAUGUUACAGAAUCUGAAGCUGGGGUCCCUGAUGUCAGGGGCCAUGCCAGCAGGGACAAGGCCUUUCAACAUUGCCAGGAGAACAGUCACCGCCAAGCCAGCAGCUAGCCAGCCUGUGAACCCAGUGGCGCCCCCUAGUGYCGUCUCUGUGAAGCCCCAGCUCUACUACAACGGCCCCCAGCCAGGCCAGUUGUUUCAAACCCAGCCCAAAGCAGAAGCCUCCACCACAGCCGAGACCUGGAAGUUCCUCAACAGCCUGACCCUGGACUCCCAGCCCAAAGCCACCCCCGUGGCCAGCUUCACCACCAACCCCCAGGCCUCUGCAGCCACAGCCGCCUCCUCCCAGGCCUUUCCCACCGUAAACCUGUCGGACCUCCACGGAUUUUCUUUCCACACMUUUGCUUGUCCCCAGGAGCCGGUGAGUGCAGCCGCUACCCCAGAGCCCACCUCUAGCUUCGGGGUCCAAGGCUCCCAGUUCAAGGUGGACGAGGAGCUACCCGAAUUCCCCAGCUUUUCUGAGGCACAACCGGCCGGGACUCUAGAUAGUAUAAACAUUGACGACUUCCAGGCUAUGCUGGGCCAGAGUUGUCUGGCUGGAGAAGGGCCAAAGAGCAGUGAGGCGUCGGCCCCUCAGGCACCCUGCCACUUACCCUCCACCAACAACGAGGCCCAGAACCAAGCAGACCCAGCCAACCACCACAUCAGCUGUGGCGGCAGCACCUGGAUGAACUACCCCAACAGCAUUGUCAACCUGCUCCAGAACGAGGGCAUGAUGGACAGUUCCCCCGGCAACGCCAGCCAGCCGGCCGCCCUUGACGACCUGGACGUCUUAAGCUCCAUAGACGAAGACCGUCUCAUGUCCAUCCUGAGCAGUGGCAACCAAUACAGUUUUGUGUCCGGACAUCAGACCUAAGAGACAACCGUGUGAUUUGACUGACAUGUUUACUGACAUAAUCCCCCUGGUAGACAACUUUUAUCUGUUCCCUCGCCCUUGAGACCCUGGGCCCGGUUGCAUAAAACAUCUUAAGUUAAUUUUCCCCUCUUAUUUUCCUGUAACUUUAAGUCAGUUGCACAAAACUUGUGAAUUUUCCCCUUAAAUUUAGUACAAAAGUUAAGGGUGUCCAUGAGGUCCCUUAACUGCCUUAUUAUGUAUGGAUAUCAAUGGAAACAGUAUUUAUAGAGUUGAAUGUUGAUUUCAUCUGCUCUGGUUACAAAAGGAAAACGUCAACCAGCUAGCUACUUAGCUAAACAAUGGAAGGUGCACAAUCCAUGGCUACAAAGCUAGCUGGCUAGUUAGCUACAGCUACUCUGUAAGCUAGCUUGACGUACUAGAAAGUAAUAUAAACAAGUUGAGAAAAAAGUAACUACAAGAAAGUGGUUUAUUAUCUGAAGCAAUUUGGUUAUCCUGUCUUGGCUGUAGAAGUUCUAUUUUGCCAUCUCACAAAAUGAAAGCGAUCUCUUUGAAGAGACAUUCAGUCAGUGAAUCAGGCCAUCUCCAUGGUAACCAGAUACUCCUUCUGCCAUACGUGCCUUCAAACUACCGUAAAACCCCUUAAGUAUGCCCUUACCUAAGGAAAUAUUUGAGCGGCUCUAUGCAACGCCCUCAAACAAUUCCCUUAGGUAAGGGAAAAUGAUUCCGUAAGGUAAACCCUUAAGAAGUUUUAUGCAACGGGCCCAGCUCCCUUCCAACCCAAUUUCCCUUUGUACUCGCUAUUCUCCUAAAGGGCUUCAAAAGGAGAGUCAUUUGAAGGCUGGCAAAAAGAAGAGUCAGAAAGUGGUGCUUUCUGCUCUCUUCUCUAUGUGAAUUGUGGACAUGUUUAUUAGGACAGCUACAGAACCCUGCCUGGACACAAUUAACAGAGGGGAUAGAAGGGAGAGCUACAGGGAAGUAGCCAGUUUGUGGGCAAUGGCAACACCCGAGGAUGAGCUGAAUCGUCCCUUUUCGUCACCCCUAAAGAUACACCCCCACUGGGUUGUGUAUAAACCCAGGCUUGUUUCUAAUCUCCAAAGGCAGUGGUAUUCCCUUCUGGUCCCAAAGAGCUUCAGGGUUUCUAAAUGUCUCUACUUCAAUCAUUCAGUUCAAGAAUGGGACGAAAUCAAAUCAAACGUUAAAAGUUUGAUUUGGUUUAGUCCUGUUCUUCUAAAUUUCAUUACAUUUUAAAUCAACCAGAGCUUGAAACCCUAGGCAUUUUGUAUUGUCUAUUUUUAGUUGAAUUAUGUGUUGAAUUCCAACAAUGGCUGUUGAUGACUUUGCAGAUGCAAUAUAGGCCUAAAUAGUACCAUUGAGGAUAAAAGCGAUAAUGUAUGGUCCCAUUUUAAUUUGCUCUGUUAAACCUACUCUUUGGAAUGACGUAUAGCAACAGUGGAUCUAUUUAGUUUUGAAGUGAAGAUCUCUCAACAAUCAUUCUCACGAUAGCACAUUGUUAAUAGUCAGUGUCAAACAUCAUAGCUAAUCAGGGCUGGGCUUGGUUAAAACCCUGGAUGGGAGACCAAAGGGUAGCUGUAGAUGGAUCAAUUCUCUAGUAGGAGGUGCUGCCCAGCCUGGUGUUUUUUUCUUAUACGUUAAAGAUCUGACAUUGGUUUAACUUCAACAUUUUAUACAAGGUUUGUAUAUGUUGAAAUGUGGUUACCAUGAAGACAUAAUCCUGUGGUUGAAAUGUUGUUGAUUCAACCAGUUUGUGCCCUGUGGGUAUUGACUAAAUAGUCGAGGUGAGGAGAAAUUACUGAGCCAACAGACCAGGAGUUGACCCUGCCAAACAAUCAAUUGAUCACAAAAUGUGACCAUUAUUCUAUUAUGGGGAGUAGGGUGAGUUUUGCAUUUUCCCCACUUACAGUUGAGUGAGUAUACUAAAGCAAGAUUGUAAUUUCAAUGUGCAUAAGCCUUAGGUGAUGAUAUACACUGAGUAUACAAAACAUUAGUUGAGUUGCACCCCCCCCUCUACCCGCAGAACAGCCACAAUUYGUCAGGGCAUGGACUCCACAAGGUGUCAAGUGUUCCACAGGGAUGCUGGCCCAUGUUGAUUCCAAUGCUUCCCACAGUUGUCAAGUUGGCUGGAUGUCCUUUGGGUGGUGGACCAKUCUUGAUACACAUGGGAAACUGUUGCGUGUGAAAAACCUGCAGCAUUGCAUUUCUUGACACGAACCGGUGCGCCUGGCACCGUACCACAUUCAAAGGCGCUUACAUUUUUGUCUUGCCCAUUCACCCUCUGAAUGGCACACAUACACAAUCCAUGUCUCAAGGCUUAAUCCUUCUUUAACCUGUCUCCUACCCUUCCAUCUACACUGAUUUUUGAAGUGGAUUUAACAGGUGGCAACAAUACGGGAUCUUAGCUUUCACCUGAUUUGUCUUAUGUCAUGGAAAGAGCCAGUGUUCUUAAUGUUUUGUAUACUCUGUAUACGUGACCUAUAGUACUCACCUUGAUGACAUAUCUUAAUGUUAUGUACAGCUUUACCAUGUCAACAUCUGCAAGUAUAACUUGUCAUUUUAGGUUAAAAUGUUCCAAUACAUCUUUGGAACAGGAAGGAUAUUGCUGUUUUAUAAAUGUACAAUAUAUUAACAAUGCAUCUGCUACAUUCUAACAUAUCAGUUAAAAAGAAGACUUAUUCCAUAUCAUGUUAGUAGUUUUGAGUCAGUGUCUCAAUAUAUUUCUGUCCAUCACUAUGUCAAUUAUGCUUAUUCACAGUGCGGUUUGCAUUUAGACCAGUGCAAUAUUAUUACAUUUUGCUGUAUGGUAUAUGAACAUCAGUGGCAGUUUAUUUUACAUUGUCAAUUAGGACAUGUUUAAACCAUAACUUUGUACUUAUUCAAUGCUGCCUUAAUGAAAAUGGAAAAUGUUAUUUUGUACAAGUAUACAGUACCAGUCAAAAGUUUGGACACA